UGUGUAAAAUGUGUUCUAACUUAACCAAUUAGUUUAAGAAAAAUGGAAAUAUAAUUACGAGUUCUUAUUAAGAAUGAAGUCUACUCUGCUUUCGUUGACUAUUGAGCCAUUGGUUUUACGUGCCUCGCUUUUCUGUACUCUAUUUCCCAUCAAACACCUUGGUGUGACGGUGUCCGUAGCAACAACGGCACAGGAAGUGGCGCCAACCGUUGAAAAUCUAUCACAAAACCCCAAAACAAACGACACAUGAGAGGAGUUAACAAUUUUGAAGUUCUCAGUUUUUAAGUUAAACUCUAGGCUAACGCUGAGCUUCAUCAAUGCAGCUGUGACGUGGCGUGAAGUCACACCGGGCGAUAUGUCUUUUUUGAAAACCGGGCGGUCACAACAUCACAAUAAAGGGAAGAAGCCUCUGAGGUUAAAGAGGACAACAGCUGCCAAAAAAGAAUGGGUGAGCACUGUCAAUGACCUCUCUGUGCACAAGCUGACCCCUGCUGAGCUGAGUCAUCGACAUGAGAUUCACAAGUCCCAUAACAAGGCUGCAGCUCAGUGGGAACUGAGAGAAAAAGCUCUGAAAAGCCGCCUAAAACGCUCAGGGAGUCCUCCACUUCUGGACCAGACUAGUCUCAGCAUCAUCAGAGAGGUGCUGUCUGACCAGAUGCUGCUGCAGGAUGUGUUGGCUCGCUCUGACAGAACCUUGGCUGUGGUUAAGGACCUGUUUGGAGAUGCUCCUCGCAGGCGGAUUGGUCAUCCCAGUGUGACCAUAGCUCCAGACUGUGGCUCUGACUCAGAACCUCCUGUUGUCCAGAGACCAGAUCCUCCAACUCAGCUGUCAUUGCUGAGCCAGUCUAUGAUGGACCAGCAGGCUCUUAAUGAACUACAGCAUUCAGAAGAAGACCUCAGUGAUGAAGAUGCACAUUUUUGUGGCAGUCCAGAGUAUUCUGUAAUCAGAAGAGCCAAUGUACGAAAUAUGAAGGCACAGUCCCACAGAAGAGCAACACAUCAGAAAGGCCAUGUCCCUGGAACACCUCGCACCACAGGCAAAGCACCAAACCAAGCAGCUCUUAAUGCUACAUUGGCUGUGGAGCGUGUUCGACCCAGGCGUAACCAAGCAGAAGAAGCUGAAGAGGAAUCAACUGACUUGGUUUCUCAUGUUCUCAACCCUGACCUGCCCUUCCACCAUUCAGAAAGAUCUAUUAGUCAAACCAGCAGUGGAACCAGCAGGAACAGGAAGUCCGUCUCCCAAAUUUCAGAAGUGAAUGGUUCCUCUGUGGCAUUUCUCAGUGGUGACCAGUCCACUCUGGGUCUGCUGCAGACCAUGUUGGGUCAGGUAGAGGCAGAACUGGAUAAUCUAGGUCCUGACUCAGCACCAGAGAAAGCACAGAGUCCAGAAGAGCACAGAACACAAGGCCUGACUGGAUUCUCUGUGGCUCUGAUCAACACAAUGGCACGAUUAGUGCAGCACCAAAGAAAGACUGAAGAGAAAAUUCAGAAACAGACUGAGGAGAGGAAGAAAUGGGAGGAGGAGCUGAGGGAGCAGCAGGACCUGAUCGACGCUCUCACAGCAGAGACCAUGACUCUGAGAGAGGAAGCAGCCACCAUGCAGGUGGGACUGCAGCAGCGGAUCUCAGAGCUGGAGCAGAAGUUUGACUCUGUGGUGAUGUUGAUCGGAAGUCUUGGUUUACUGCAGCCGGACGCUGACCCUUGUCAGGACUGUAACAUUAAAGGAGCAGUUUGUCAGUCUGUGCCUGUCCGUGACCAAGCACAAGCCCCCGUAUCUCCUGCCGUCCUUCUGUCACCCCCUCGACAGGCAAACCACUGGCAGCAGUUUAAUGUAAUGAAGCCUUUACACUCACAGCAGCAGCUUCAGCACCACCACCAGAAGCAGCAGCAGUUUGUUCCCGUUCAUCUCCAGAGUUCAUCAUCGAGCCUCACUAGCCUUCCUCACACCAGCCUCCCCUCCUCCUCCUCACGCUCCCAGGUGUCUGAAGCUCUCAGCUCGCAGUUCAGCCAUGAGGCCGUGCAGGCUGAGAUUGCUCAGCUGAGCAGACAGAACCAGAUGAUCCGAGCUCAGCUGGGUCAGUCUCAGAGCCUCAGGUCAGGUGUCAGUGGAUCGACCAUCAGCAGCACCAGCAGUGGUGAGGAGAGAAGACUGAGCUCCAGUCUUAGUGGAAAAACUACACCCGAGAGUGUUGUAGAGAGGAGGACGUCUGUGUCCAGCAGGACAGGGAGACGGAACCAGAACCUUACAGAUAAACACCAAGUCACCCAUCAGACGACAUCUCCCGGAACAGUCGGUGUGAGCGGUGUGGAACAGCGCCUCCUAGAACUCAACAGACAGAGUGCGGCAGCCAGGGGCCGACUGCUGGAGCUAAUCGAACAACAGAAACACAGCGUUUCAUUGAAAACGUCUCCCUCCAUCUCCCCCAUACCUCCGUCUGCCCUGAGCCCACCUUUAACAGGCAGUCCAGAGGGACUGGUACACAUGCCUACAAAGGAGCCUCAGUCACAGACUGGUGUUGACAGACGCUAUGAUGCGUCUUUAGCGCCCUCUCACGGAUUUGAAGACGAAACUACAGAAGACAACGUUAGAAAACAGGUGCAGGCACAGACUCUCACACACAGAUACAGACAUACACAUAAGUGUACAUUACAUUUUAUUCCGUAAGUGACACUGUUUUCUCAAACAGACAGAGAGGCAGAGAGAGAAAGACGGCUGGUUUUCCUUAACUGCUCACGUGAGAUAAAGACGAACUUUUAUUCAACUUGAAGACAACUGUAAUAUAAUACCUGUUAUUUAAUAAUUUAGCUAAUUAUUUCAUCAACUUCUGUUUUUUAUUUGGAGGGUAGUGAUGUGAUUUUAAACUGAUUAAAGGUGCUUUGUGUGGAAUCAUAUUUCUGGUGUAAAUUUUC